AUGUAUGAUUAUUUUUUGCAAUUUUAUGAAAUCAUUAUCACCACACCAUACCCAAACAAUAAUAAUUCUAACAACAAUAACAAUUUGAACAAUAAUAGUUCAUGCAACAAUUCUAACAAUAUCAAUCAUUCAAGCAAUAAUUCGAACAAAAAUAAAAAUUCGAGCAAUAAUAAUUUGAACAUUAAUAAUUCGAGCAAUGAUAAUAAUUCUAAUAUCAAUAAUAAUUCCAACAACAAUAAUUCGAGCAAUAAUUCAAACAAUAUUAAUCAUUCAAGCAAUAUUUCGAACAAUAAUAAUUCAAACAAUAAUAAUUCGAAUAAUAAUAAUUCGAACAAUAAUAAUAAUUCAAACAACAAUUAUAAUGGCAUUCAGCGUUCCACCUUUAAACCUAAAUUAAUUUAG